UGACUCCAUUUCCCACCUCUCUCUCUCUCUCUCUCUCUCUCUCUCUCUCUCUCUCUCGCUUUUCGUUCGCACACGAAACUCUCCCUAAUCCCCCAAUCUCCGCCCCGCGCCGAUGAACGGCGGGCCCUCCGGAUUCCACAAUGCUCCGGUCGCUAGGGCCUUCGUUCUCGCGUGCGUGCUCCUCACGGCCGUGUUUGGGGUUCGGGGACGGGCGCUGCGGCUCGGAUUGUCGUAUCAGGAUAUUAUAAAAACCUUCCAGUUAUGGAGGAUUUUUGCAUCAGUAUUUGCGUUUUCGUCUACACCAGAAUUACUGUUUGGAGUAUACUUGCUUUAUUAUUUUAGGGUAUUUGAGAGGCAGAUGGGCUCCAACAAAUACUCAGUCUUUGUGUUAUUCUCGCUGAUAGUAUCUUCGCUAUUUGAGAUUAUAGCUUUGAUGCUUUUUAAAGAUCCCACGGCAAACGUAAUUGCUUCUGGGCCUUAUGGUCUCAUAUUUUCAUCAUUUGUGCCCUUUUAUUUUGAUAUUCCUGUUACAUCACGGUUCCGCAUAUUCGGCUUACAAUUUGGCGACAAGUCAUUCAUAUACCUGGCUGGCCUUCAGCUUCUCUUGUCGUCCUGGAAAAGGUCACUUUUACCUGGCCUAUGUGGAAUGCUGGCUGGCGCCCUAUAUCACCUCAAUGUAUUUGGCAUUCGCCGGAUAAAGUUCCCAAACGCCGUGGCGAGACAUUUCUCAAGGUUUUUCGCAUCUUCUGGGGCAAGCUCAUCGCGAACGUCACCAAAUGGGAAUAUUGCAGGAAAUAUUUCUUCUUUCACCGGCCGUCAAACUCAGCGAAAUUAUCCACCUGUGGCACGUGCGCCUCCUCCAGAGCCACCUGAGUCUUCUAUCGCUAUGCUGGUAUCAAUGGGAUUUGAUAGCAACGCUGCGAGGCAGGCACUCAUGCAAGCCAGAAAUGACAUCAACGUGGCCACAAACAUCCUUCUAGAAGCGCAGUCGCGGUAAUCAAAAAUAGACAACAACGGUGGGGUUCUCUUACAAAUUUUCAUACGUCGAAAUCGGAUCAACUGAGUUAACACAGAACUAGGUGGAUCGAUAGAUGCUUCGUCCUUCUCCAGCGCUAGAAUCUGAUUACGUUAGGUUCGAGAUUGCAUUCAUCGGAGUUAAUAGUCGGUGCAAUCGUGUGUCGCAUAGACAUGGAUAUUUAGUAUACUUUUCUCGAUUUCGAAUGCAAGAUAGUGAUGGGUUCUGAUACUGUAGUGACAUGAGACAAUGCUUUAGCCAUCAUGUAAAAUUCUUUCUUAGAGGCUUAAAAGGACUUAAAAUCUUUUCCGAAGCUCCAGUUUACAAGAUGGUGAAUGUCUUUCUUCAAUUAGAUGGUGUAAUUCUGAGUUACUUAUUGCUUGUGA